AGUUGUCUUAAUUACGCCAAUGCAAUGUUUACCUUCUAUAAUGAAACAUUGCACUAGCGUUUAAACAUUUUUACGUUAAGUGUAUUUUGCCACAAUUCUGUCACAACGGACUUAGUUUUAUCAUAAAAGUAUUGUCACCAUAGAAUCCCUAAACUAAAAAUUCAAUUGUUUUUAGAUUUCGUUUGUCUAAAUCAGUUUUCAAAUUCUUAGCAAUUUUGACCAUUUUGCUAGUAUUGACAGAAAAUCUGUCCCAAAAUUAAAAUAAAAAAUCUUUGAGAAUAGUUUCCUUUGAUAUCCACGUGCUCUCCUUGGUCGAUUCGUUUUUCGAGUCAGGAGCUAUCGGGUGAAGGUGACUGUAGGGAAAUCGAGCGCGAUUUAGCGCUUCGAAUGCUAAGGCAGCUGGUGUGGGCAAUAUCCGUUUCAGGAGAAUUGCAUGUGAAUUGUUGUAUUAAAUAGCUGAAUUGUAUUCCUCAACUUCCACAAAAAAAUAACGAAAUAAAAAUGACGAGAUCUAAAAUUGAAUUAGGAGAUGUCACCCCACACAACAUUAAGCAACUUAAACGUCUUAACCAAGUUGUUUUCCCGGUGUCAUAUAAUGACAAGUUUUACAAAGACGUUUUGGAGGCGGGGGAGUUGGCAAAAUUAGCAUAUUACAAUGACAUUGUAGUAGGAGCAGUAUGCUGCAGAAUUGACACAUCAGAAAAUUCUAGGCGGUUGUACAUAAUGACUUUAGGUUGUCUUUAUCCAUAUCGAAGACUUGGAAUCGGAACAAAAAUGGUGGAACAUGUGCUGAAUUAUGUAACGAAAGAUGGAAAUUUUGACAGUAUUUUUUUGCAUGUUCAAGUAAAUAAUGAAGGUGCAAUUGAUUUCUAUAAGAAGUUUGGUUUUGAAAUAGUGGAAACAAAAGAGCAUUACUACAAGAGAAUUGAGCCAGCGGAUGCACAUGUACUCCAAAAAACACUGAGAGAGAAAACUGCUAAUGGUGAUGUGAAACAUGGUGAUGAAAAGAAAGAUAAUGAAAAGUGACGAAAGUGACUGGAGGGCAGUUAAAUUAUUUAAUUUUUGUUUAUAAUCACAAACGGUUAAAAAAAUUUUAAAGGAAACAUAAUUUUAAUGCGCAGUAUUUUUUGUUCUUUGUGAGGAAACCAGAAAUUUUUGAGAGUUUGUGUUAAAACAUUAUUCUUUAGUAAGCAAAAUAAUGCUGGCUAGAAAGUCAUUUUUCUACCUGAAAAAAAGCACAUGGAGUAGAAUGUGAAGAAAAGUAGUGGUUUUGAUAUUUGUUUCUGUUAAGUUUCUUUCCUGCUGGAGCAAACUUUUUUUGAACUAGUAGAAAAUGUUGGGUAGUAACAAAGUGGAGAAGCAGGUAGCACAGCUUUUAAUAGUGUUGUUUGAAAUAUUCUGAGGAACUGAUGGAAGAAAAUGUACAGAUUUAUUGCUUUCGUAGAUUCAUGCAGAAACUGAUAUUUUUCUCCCCUCUGGAUUUGUACUAGUUGCCAUUUUUUCCAAUAUGCAAUAUUCUUACUAGUGAAGUUGAUAUUUCUGUUACAAGACAUGCUGCUUAUAUUUAGUUGUAAAUAAAAUGUUUGUGUUCUUUGUAUUGUCAAUUGAUGUUAUGCCAUCAGCACAGUCUUAGUUUUAGUUGAUCUAUCAUCAUCAUCAUCGUCAUCAUCAUCAUCAUCAUCUCCUUCUUUAUUACUUCAGUGAAAUUUAUUAAAUAAUUUCUUAAGAGCCAUUUUUAAUUGGUUGGCACAUAAAUGGAUCAUGAAAUGAAGUGAUAUUUGGUAGUAUAACUCUUUUAUUAUUAAUGCUCUUGUACAUGAAUGGCCAUUUAUGCCUUAGAACAUAAUCUAUGUAAGGUUUUCAAUAUAGGCAGGCUUAUGUAGAAAAGAAAAAAAAUGAAGCAAGUAUGCCAGUACGCAAGUUGUGCCCUAAUUAUAACGUAUGGGGAUAGAGGUGGGUUAUAUUUCUUCACAACUUAUAAACUUGUGUGUUUGUUUUGAUACUAAUUAAUUUUGAAUGUGAACUAAACAGGUUUUGAGCUUCUGAAACCCCUAAUUUUAUUUCUUUUACAGAUUUAAUAACUUUCAGGUUACUACUGUUGUCACCUUUUGUUCAACUGUCAUUAACAGUGUCUUUUUCAAAAGGAUUUGCUUUAUAUUUUGUUAUAUUAACAUUAUAAUGAAAGUGCUGCAUUUAUGCUAAAAGCAUCUGCUGCAUUCUUCUAUCUUAUGUGGUGGUAUAUUAAUUUAUCUCAACACUCAAUAUUAAAUUUACUGUUUUAAGCUACUUUGCAUGUCUCAGAAAUGUAAGAUUCAAUGCCCCAAUUCAAUAAAAAUGUCUAAUGGAAAAAGUGGCUAAUUUUUGACUCAUGACUGAUUACUGAUUUGUUUAAAAUAUUUCUUCUGUUAUAACUAUUUCUUAUGUGCGAGAAACUUCACUGGAGAAAGAUAAAUUAACUUGCCUAUUCUACUGCACUUGGAAUAUUUGUUGUAGAUAAAUAAUUUUAGUAAUUCGGUGUGUGUAAUGCAGAAAGCAAAGUCUGUACAAUUUUCAUUCCGUAUAGUUUUGCAUUUUAAGAGAUUGUGUUCAAUAUUAAAGUUGUAAAGAAUUGCCAUAGCUGUAAAGUUUGUAUAUAACUUUCUUUAUCAAUUUUAAAACAUUGUGUAAUGAUAUCUAAGUUAAGUCAGAUAUUGCCUUACGUCAUACGUUGAACUUGCUUUAAUAUUGCAAUUGUUCCUAAAUCUGUAAACAUUAAUGUACAUAAAACUUCGUUUCUUAAUUCAUUUGUUUAAUAAUGCAUGGUGGAACAUUGAACUUAUCUGCAAUUGCAAUCCUUCCUUUGUUGAGUCAUGUUGAGGUUCAUGAAGACUUGUUUAAAUAAGAAUGUGAGGCAAGAGGGUGUAUAAAACAAAAUAUUGCUGUUGAAUACUAAACAAAGAUUGAAAAUGUUUUUAAGUUAAUUAGUUCAUACUACUCCCUAAUGAAAUAUCUUGUAGUUCUCAUAUUGAUGAAAUAUCUUAUAAGGAAAACUAUUUAUAAAAUACCGAUGAUGAUUUGUAUUCUUUUAUGAUGUUUUCUUAUCUUAUUUUCAGAAUUUUUGCUUGGAAAAAUGGUUAUUCAAGCCAUUAAUUGGAAAAGCUUUUUUUUGAUCAUUACUACCUUGAAUAUUUAACUUUCAAGUUUCAUUGCAAGUUGUGUUUUUAAUUGAAGUUUCAAGACAAUUUCAUGAUUGUAUCUGAUCCCUCGUUUGGGGAACCAAAUGCAAUUUACAUAUUUUUAUUUGAAUACUAUAAUGGCUGUUGGUACAUAAUGUUUGCCCAAUGAAACACCAACAUUAAAUUCAAGUUUUGUUUCUGUUAACUUAAAAUAAAUAACGAAUUACCAAAAAACAAAUUUAUUUUUCUCCAAAACUUUGGUCAUAAUAGUAUAUUAAUUUGUGAAUAUGUAGUGUGAUAUCAUUUCUAGAAGUGUUGGGAAGUUAAAAAUUAUUUGCUUUCUGAUCACAAAAUGUAUUUUUACUUAUUUAUUAUAUUUAUUCCUCUUUAAAAAUUCUUCCCCAAUUUCCAAAUACACGUCAAGUAUUGGGAGAGAAAAUGUUUAUCUAAAUACUCUGUCAGUUUGUUGUAAAAAUAAUUAAUUUAUUUGAAUUUGACAUGCAAUUUAAAUAUUUAAUUAUUAUUUGUAUUCAUACAGGACCAGUCCUGUGAUGUUAAAGGAUAAAGAUAAAAAAGUGAUAUUGUAAUUCUGGAUGUGUGGCAACUAAUAUUUAGAUAAGCAAGCUUUUGUUGGGUCACAGCAUUGUGUAAAUUAUCAACAUAAUCUUUUGUUAGAGAAACCUCUAAAAACAAUUGUAUUGAUACAAGUUCUAUUCAUAAAAUUAUAUCUGAAAAGUUGGUGAUGCUUAAUGUUUUAAUGCAAAUUAUUUCAGUUAAGUCAACCCAAACCGAAACCAAUUUUUAAUAGUAAGAGCUAUUAUCAAAAUUUGUUACGGGGGUGUUUUUUUUUUACCAUGUGUAUUACCUGGAAAUUGAAUUUGUUUUUGUUGAAAAUAUUGAAUCGUACUGCUUCUCAGGUUGAAAAUGAACUAUUGAAGUUUUUUAAUUUUCUAACUAUUUCUUUAUUUACUUCGAAAAAAAUUUUUACAAGUCCAAUUUUUACAAUUUUGAAGUCUGUAUGACUACCAACAGAUUCCAUUCAGCCAAAACUGAAGUAUCAAUUCAUUUUGGUUCAAAGAAAGCAACUCAUAUUUCUGCAUUUAGGUAACUUAAACUAAUAUUACAGGGUGGUCACUUUCUAGAAAAGGUGGAAAACCAGGCAAAAUCAGAGAAUUUGUAGAAGAAUCAUUAGAAGUCUGAGAAAAUUUGGAGAGGGUUAAAAAUGGAUGUGUAAAAACAGUACAGUGUUAUUUGUUUCCCCAGUUUUAAUUGUGUGAAACAAUAUUGUUGAUUUGUACUUUGUCAUGGUGAAAUCAGAUGACCAAUUAGAAUCAUGGUAACUUAAAUAUUUUCUUUAAGUAAUGUGAAACUUUUCUUGUUAGGGGAAAAAUAGGUAAUGCUGUGGAAAACUGAAAAAGUCUGGGAUUUUUUUUUUUUUUUUUCAGGAAAUGAGUGGCCACUCUGUAUAAGAAAAAUGAUUUAAAUUACAUUUAUAGUUCUGUUGGUAAAUAAUGAAUGAGUGCAAUGUUUGGAUGUGAAGAGAAAAAUAUGUAUAUAUGUAGUGAUAUGCACUCUAACUUUUUUUAAAAUAAUUUUUAUGUCUUAAUUUUUUUUCCAAACAAGUAGAUACUAACUUUUCAUAUGAAACUUGAUGCUAUGCUGUUUUUUUAAAUUUAUUUAAUCAUGCAGAUUAAAAUUUUUGACACUAGCAAAAUAGGUGUUUUUAAUGUACAUGAAUGGAAGUAUAUUCUACAAUUUUAUCUUUUCAUGGAAUUUUGUAUCUGUGAAAUUAAUUCUUUAGUCCCAAUUGGCAAUUUUUUGGAUGAUGUAAUGCUCUUAUUUGAAUUUAUUUGCUCUUAUGUAUUAUACAUGUCUUCAUUCUCUUUUGUGGUGUUGUGUCCAAUAUGAAACCGCAUUCAACAUAAAGCCGUCUGUGAAAUGGACUGUUUUGUACUGUGGAGUAGAAUUUCUAUGUGAUGUGUUCCUAAGUCAUUUUCUACCAGUUCAAUUGUUACUUAACCAAUACAUUACAAAAAUGAAUGUUGAGAAGCGUAUUGGUACUCUCCUCGUAUUGUCAUUGAAUAAAAUAAAUACUUGUCUUGUUGAAAAAAAAA